UGCCCUUAAAGUCCCGUUUAAGGAAGUGGACAGAGUCGGUGUUUUAAGUAGAUUGUGGCUAAACGUGUCGUUCAAAGAGCACACACUCAUAUUUACAUUAGCAAAAUUGGGUUAGCCUUGUAGAUCAAAACUGUCACUAUAAAUAUAGGCUUAAGGUUGUUGCCAGCUGCUCUUAUGAUUCGUGCAGGAGAAUGAGAUAAACCAACCAGCAAACGAUGACUACCCGCAAAGAUUGUCGCUCCGUCUUUGAUUUGUGCUUGAAUGAUGAGGUUUUUGGAUUGAGAGAGGUGAACCCCGUCUUGAAGGAGGGUGUAAUUAUUGACCUCGCCUCAGAUUGUGUGGAAAUUAGAAGUGCAGAAGAUGACACGCAAGAAGGCGAGUCCAGCCUGGUCAGAGAGGUGUCUGAGAAGAUGGUCUGCUCAGCCUGCAGAUGUCCCUUUACUAACCGUGAGGAGCAGAGGGAGCACUACAAGCUUGACUGGCAUCGGUUCAACUUGAGACAAAAGAUGACUGUGUUCCCACCCCUCACAGCGGAGGAGUUUGAGAGGAAGACGGGCGCAGGAGACUUAUCAAGUAUCUCGGGCUCAGAGUCCGAUUCAGAGGAAGAAGACUCGGACAGCGAUGCUGGAGUUAAAAGCAGAACGGUCUCUGACAAAGACAUCGAGAGCUCAGGUGAAACUCCUUUAACAGCUGGUCGGCUCUCCAGCAAGUUGGUUUUCCAGAACUCAGCGGGAGAUUAUCUGUUAGUCUACCGCUGCAUACUUAAGGGAAAGUUCCAGUUGGAUGAUGAACACGAUGCAGGAUCCUCUCUGAAAGCUAUAACAAAUAAGACUGCGUGGGUCAUCCUCAUGACUGGAGGAGGUCAUUUUGCUGGUGCUGUAUUUGAAGGAAAACAAGUCCUUCUGCACAAGACCUUCCACCGAUACACAGUGCGAGCAAAACGAGGCACUGCCCAGGGACUCCGAGAUUCUCAGAACCGCAGUCACGCGCCAAGAUCUGCAGGAGCUGCACUGCGACGACACAAUGAGGCGGCGCUAGUCAAGGAGAUUCAGGACCUUCUUGUAACCUGGGCCGAACACUUGAAAGCGGCCUCUAAAAUAUUCAUACGAGCUCCCAGCUACAACAAAACUAUCUUUUUUGGUGGUCGAGGAGGUCCUCUUGAUAAAAAAGAUCCCAGGAUCUGCACAAUCCCCUUUGCAACACGCAGGGCAACAUUUCGAGAGGUACAGAGGGUACAUGAGGUCCUUUCUACUGUUCAUGUGUAUGGGAAAGACACAGACAUUUCUGCAGUCUUCAGUCCAACUAAAAAGGUGUGGAAAAAAGCUGUUAAACCCACAGCAGAUCUAAACGCAGAUCAAGAGAAAGCUGAAGAAAACCGCGAAAGCACUGAUGAAGAAGAGGGUGAGGAGAUCCAGCUGGAGAUGGUGGAGAUGACAUUAGGAACGCUGGACCUCAGGGAGUGUGAAAUCCAUCCCUCCAGGCACAAGAGGAGGAGGAGACGAAAGAAGGAGGAAGCUAAAAUUCCGAUUGAAGAACCAAAGAGCAUAGAAGCAGAAGGUAAAGAAGAGGAACUGCCAGAGGCUACACCAGUAGAAGAUCUCCCACAUGAAGUGCAGUCAAAGAGCAAGAGGAAAAGGAAGGUACAGAGCAAGAAACGAGUGGAUGAUGUUGUUGAAGAGUCAUGUGACUAUAGCCUCAGGGAUGCACUCUUUACUGCCUGCAAGGUUGGGGAUGUGGAAGCUCUGCGCGCACUCCUCCAGCUCCCUGUGGAAAAGUCAGAGGGUCAAGAGCAUUUGGAGAGCAAACUUUCUGAUGGCUCAAGUCCUCAUACUCUCCUCAAUAAACCCAUCGAUGCUUCAGGGUUCACAUUACUGCAUGUUGCCACAGCUGCUGCACAAAAGGCAGUGAUCGGCCUGCUCCUAGAUGCAGGAGCAGACCCCUCCUGCAGGGAUAAUAAAGGGCAGACACCGUACAUUGUUGCCCCGGACAAAGACACAAGAAACGUCUUUCGGAAAUAUAUGGGGGAUAAUCCCGACAAAUACGACUACAGCAAGGCCCAGAUCCCUGGGCCGCUGACGGCAGGGAUUGAACUGAAAAAGCUGGAAAAGAAAAAGGCCCAGAAGGCCCAGAAAAAACAGCGAGAAAAAGAGCAGAAAGAGGAAAAGAGGAAACAAGAGCUGGAGGCAGAGGAAAAGAAGCAGUUUGCAUCUCUGACUGAUCGUGAAAAGAGAGCUCUGGCAGCAGAGAAGAGAUUUGCAGCGCAAGUUGCUGCAAAAGGAGCCAGCAUCUCUAAUAUCAAGAGGUGCUGGUUGUGUGGGGAGUCUCUGCUUGGGAAGAUCCCUUUUCAGUACCUGGAUUAUUCAUUUUGCACUCCCCGCUGUGUUCAAGCACACCGGAAAGCAAAUGUUCCCCCAGGAAAGACCUAGCAUCCAUUUAGGAACUAUUUCACUUGGAGAGGAAUCUACCUCAUUAAAAGUACUGGUUAAUUUGGCUUUUUAAGGCUUUGACUUGCCUUAUUUUAUUAUGGCAGGUGAUUUUAGACACUCAGAUACAUAUACUGUAUGUAAUAAAAUCAAUGUACAAUUUAUUUACAGCAUCUGUAAUCAGGCAAAAAGAAAAGCAAUAAUUAAAAACAACAGUCAGCAUAUUUCUUUUGCACAGGCUUGGUGAAUAUUGUAACAGCAAGUAAUUAAGUUUUUAGUGUUUCUGUGUCAAAAAUUAAAACUGCUGACAUCA